AUGCUGGCUAGACAAGUUGCUCAAAGGUUAGCAAGCAAAAGGUGGACAAGCACGGUACAACGUGCUGAUUAUAAGUUGAAUUCUGAAGCGCUUCCAAGUAAUGCUACGGUUUUCAGUAUGAUUCAGCCAACCGGUUGUUUCCACCUUGGUAACUACCUAGGAGCUACACGUGUUUGGACAGACUUGUGUGAACUAAAACAACCCGGCCAAGAACUGAUAUUUGGUGUUGCUGAUUUGCACGCCAUUACUGUUCCAAAGCCAGAUGGAGAAAUGUUCAGAAAACUUCGCCAUGAGGCAGUAGCAAGCGUACUGGCAGUUGGUGUAGACCCAGAAAAGGCAUCAGUCGUUCAUCAAUCAGCUAUUCCUCAACACAGUGAAUUGCACUGGUUGCUUUCUACUCUUGCUUCAAUGGGAUUCCUUAAUCGCAUGACGCAAUGGAAAUCAAAAUCUAACAUCAAACAGUCAGAAAAUGGAGAAUAUCAGGUCAAUGACUCCGACGUGGGAAAAGUAAGGCUGGGCUUAUUUUCGUACCCUGUCUUACAGGCAGCGGAUAUCCUGCUUUAUAAAUCUACACACGUUCCUGUUGGCGAUGAUCAGUCACAGCAUUUGGAAUUAACAAGACACCUUGCUGAAAAAUUCAACAAAACGUACAAGGUAAAUUUUUUUCCUAAGCCUGUAACGAUGUUAGCACAAACAAAGAAAGUCUUGAGUUUAAGCUCUCCGGAAAAGAAGAUGUCCAAGAGCGACCCGAAUCAUGAUUCCCUGAUCUUCCUGAAUGACGAGCCCAAUGUAAUCCAGAAGAAGAUAAGAAGAGCCCUAACGGAUUCGAUUUCAGAUAGGUUUUACUAUGAUUCCGUGGAGAGGCCCGGUGUAUCGAAUUUAAUAAAUAUUGUCAGUGGAAUCCAACGAAAACCAAUCAAAGAUGUUGUAAAAGAUGUGUCUCAAUUCAAUAAUUAUAAAGAUUUCAAAGACUAUGUGUCCGAAGUGAUAAUUGAAGAAUUAAAAGGCCCAAGAACAGAAUUCAAAAAAUAUAUCAAUGAGCCAAAUUAUCUACACAGUGUCGUCGAAUCUGGUAUACGCAAAGCAAGAGAAAAGGCAGCAAAAAACUUGGAUGACAUUCACAAAAUAAUGGGGUUCUGA